AUGGUGAACAGUGCUAUAAAAAUUUAUAAUUCCCACAUAGGCAGACAAGGCCGUAAAGCACCCAUUUGGAAAACUCUGCCAGGCACACCAAAGCAACCCAGCAGUGUCGAAUGCGGGUAUUAUGUCAUGCGCUUCAUGAGAGACAUCAUCAUGGAUCCUUCCCUGGAGUUUGAGAAGACGCUUAAUAAUCAUUGUUUAUGGAUUGCAGUUUGCCAGGGAAAAGAGCAAGCGCCAUACCCCCAAGCAGCCAUUGAUGAAGUCAGGAAUGAAUGGGCAGAGUUUGUUUGCCUUCAUGUGGACUAG